ACGUUCCUUUGGUUUUGACCCAUCUGUGUGAGGCGUCGAGGAUGCACUCCGAAGAUUGAUAUCGAUGCAUGCAUUUGUAUGUUGAUGUCUGACUGCUGUCUGUUUUUCUCGUUCAUCUGUGUAUAAACAUUUUCUUUCAUAAGUAAAGUUUGUAGGUCAUCUUGCUGGUUCGAUCCGGUCCGGAUUUUAAAUGUGGAAACAGACAAGGAGUUCAAUUCGAAAAUCGCAAGCAUGGAGCAUAUUGAUGUAGUUUUCCAGCAGAUCCUCCGCAGUAGCCCUUCUUGAACCUGCAUAGGUGAAGGUGAGAGACAAAGGAGGCCCUGGUUUGUUCAGGGGACUCUCCGAUGCCUAAGUCAGGCUUGAAGGUUUUAAAGUGGGGUAGGAUUUUCAAAAAAGAGACCAGUUGGGUAUUAGGAUUUUUCGUGAAUGUACGUUGGUGGAAUAUGUUCGUACAUUUAUAGGAGAGGGAGGAUCUCGUAGCAUGGGGAUUCUUUCUUGAUAUCUUGGAGAUCUGCUAGGAUCUUCCCGAGAUUGUAGGUUCUCGAGAUUGUAGGGAUUUGAUCUUAUCUCCUGAAGAUCUAGGGAGAGAUCUUUGAAUCUCAUGAGGAUUAUUUGAAUCUGUAGCUCGGCUCUAGGUCGAAUCCCAAUGCGGACAAAAAGUUGGAAAUGAAUGAUACCGUCUUGAGCGAUAGAUCGACAUUCACCAUUUUUGACCCUCAGACGAGCCAGAAGGUUCGCGUGUCCCUCGUCCGGGUGUUGAGGCCUUUAGACCUUGCCAGGGGUAUUGUCGAUCUAUGGCUGAUCAAUAACUGAGCUAUGGUCGGUCAGUGACCGAUAUAUGACCGAUCUAUAAUCAAGCUAUGGCCGGUCUGUGACCAAUCUAGGAUCGAUUCGUAAUUGACACGUGGCUGAUUUAUAGGCGAUCCAUAACUGUCCUUUAGCCGACCUCUAAAUCAGGUCGGCAUUUCAACCACUUGUGCGAGCUCGUAAGCUCUUUGUGCGUCCUUAAUUUUGCAUCGCUCUCUUGAGAGAUUGCCCUAUUUCUGGACGUAGAGGCCUUAACAGGCUCGGGUCUUCAUGGGCCCAUGUUGGUUCAGUAGAGUCAGUCCAUUCCAUAAGCUGACUUAUGCACUUGUAGAUUUUUCCCCAACAGUGAGCCCUCCUUGCUUUUUAAACGAAGUUCGGAAAAUAAGCUUGGUGAGCUCGGCCGUGAUUAGGUCGGGUUAUGCAUGGGCUAGGUCGAGUUUCGUUAUCAUUAAUGCCAGGUAUGGCGGCCAGCACAGUAGUUGAAGCGUCAUCAGUUCAUAAUCAUGACGUGUCGACACGUGGCUCGAGGUCACGUAAGGCAUCAAGUAGUCGCUUUGGUGAUAAUCCAACGAGGUUGCGAUGCGUGGCAUCGUACUCGAUGUCAGAGGCGAGCGGCACAUCGGGUUGCGACACAUGUCGAGUCGGGGUAGCUAAUGGGGCAUUGUACGGCGCCGAAUUGAUGGUCAUUUUAAAUGGUUGCCACGUGGCUCAUCUAUAUAAGGGGAGCCAUAAUGCUUAGGGUUCUUCUUCUUUACGUUUUGUUUCUUCCCCCUUUUUGCUCUCCUGUUCUCCUGUAUGCAUUCCGGCGACUAUUCUUGUUGCAACCCAGUCGGAAUCCCGCCCAUCCCAACUCUGGUGAGCCUCCUUUCAUUUUUCCAUUCAAUGUCUAGUUCGAUGAGCUCCCGGGAGGGGGUCUCCGGUGGCAAAAGUGGGGCAAGUAGUCGCCUCAGGUAAUGUUGAACCCACCUUCACCACUGGUGGUAAUGACAGAUGCCACUUUUUGGUAUUUAUCGUCGAGGAGAGUGCUGAAGCGGUCCCUAGUACAGAUACCGACGCCUGCCGCUAGGGCAUUAGAUCUAUCUCCCAAGCGUGAGACGGUGCCUGGGACGCGGGAAAUGAACGCGCCUUCGGCGACCGACCAAGUCGUCGAAGCGCGUGACCCACCUGAUGAGGAUAGAGUGGGCGAAGAGGAUCCAAGGGGGCCAGUGCCCUCGACUUUAAUUGAGGAGGAGCUAGUCCGGAUCAGGCUAAGAUAUCACGUCCCUGAGUUUGUGAUUCUCAGGCUUUCUUUGGCGGACGAAUUCCCGGACCGACCUCCUUAAUGGGCAAUGACGAUUUUUCAGGUCGCCUUGCAAUGCGGCCUGCGAUUCCUACUCCAGGGAAUUGUUCGGCGUCUUCUGUCCUGUCUCAACUUAGCCCUGAGGCAAUUAACUCUGAAUGGGUGAAGGGACUUGUUCGGCUAUGCAGUCUUAUGGGCUGAGGUGGAGCAACCCGGGCUAUCAGUGGACGAGUUCCUCCACUUGUAUCAAGUGAAGCCGAACACCCUUCAGCCCAGCUAGUACUACUUCUCCGUAUGGUGAAAUACUGGUGGAGCCUUGAUAACUGAUUCCCCCCUCCUCCAAUAAGCACUGAAGGGAUAAGUGGUUCUGGGCCUAUGGAUGCUGGGAGACGACCGACUCAGAAUCGAUACAGUCACUCACCCCUGGGCUUUCUCUGAGCUAGGUUCGUGCUGCAACGGUAGUUCGUCCUUCAUUGAUCAGCUUACAUUAUCGACUAACCUUAUUCACUUGUCUCUUGUUGCAGUUGUUCCCAAGCAUCAACCUUUACUUAAUAGCGGGUCAUUGGCUCGUAUCAGAGAUCUACGGGCCCUUGACGAAGGUUGACGAUCUUGGAGAGUCCUUCUCCAACCCAAGCGACUUCUCCAGGCAGGCUUAGAUUUGGCCAUCACAGAUACGACAUUGGUUAAGAUCUCCAGCCGAGCUUUGUUACUUCGAGAAAUUCCUUUGCUUAGAGACUUUUUCUAACGCAUUUGUUUUUGUACAGAGAUGCCUGAGGCUCGGCCCUACAUCUGCCUUCUCUCUAAGGUCUGUGCACCUCCUCGAGACGUGGUGGCGGCCUCGAAGAAGAAGAGGCAGAAGACCUCCUCGAAAUCCAAAGGGAAGGUUGGCCCCUCUUGCUUAGUCGUCAUCGAGGACGAGGGAGAGGGCAGGAAGGUGGAGACCUCUGGGGCAGCGGGGACAGUCGUCCCUGACUGCCCUGCUCCUGUUGGAACUCAAGGAGCUGUGGAGCUUCUUGCUAAGGCUUGCCCUUUUGAAGGGGCAGAAGCCGGGAAGAGGCGAGGGAGCUGCCUUCGUCGGACUGUGGAGGAGAUCCUUCCAUGGGUCGAUCGCCAUACGUCUGACGCGGAGUAUGUCACUUUGUUUGACUCUCUGACAGAGAUGACCCUUGCGCACGUGACGACCACCCUGCUUGGGUUCGCUUCAUGUGUGUUGAAAUCACACACUGAAUUUGCUGGGAUGGGCGAGCGGGCCAAGGGAGCCGAGCAGAAGGUGGCUCAGUUGGAUGCCGAGCUUGAGAUCACGAAGACAGCUCUCGGGUGUCUUCCACUGAGAAGGCUACGAUGGCGAUGCAGCUGGGAGAGGCCAAGCGUGUGCACGAUGAAUGUCCCGCCGAGCUGCUUGAAGCCAAGACGAAGCUCGAUAAGCUAAAGGCGGAGACUAUGGGCGUCAUUGCCAGGGCUCAGGAGGAGGCCGUCCAUCAAUUCGUAUCCUAUCAGGCGUUCAUGGAUGAAAGAGACACCCUCUUUCGCCAAGGUUACUCCGAGUGUACGAAGGACAUGAGGGCUUCCUUCCCCGACCUCGAUCUCUCUGCUUUCGACGAGGCAGAGUUGAGCUCUGAUGAGUUGGGCAAUGACGCAGCCCCUGAUGUAGCUCCUGAGUCGGUGCCCAAGUCUUGAAGUUAAUUUUGCUAAGAAGUAUUUCCUUCUUUUUUAAAGCUUCAGGCACUUCAAGCACGCCAGGCGUCUGAGCUUUAAGCACCUCAGGCACAUCCAGCGUUGUCUUCUUUUUGUAUUUCCCCUUUUUAGGAUUUUGUUUGUUGUUCGAUGUACAAAGUUGACUUCGUAGUCAAUGUAAAGCCGAUGUAAUCAGACCAUUUUGGGUCUUAUUAAUGAGAAACAUUUUUUGUCGA